AUGGCGCACCGCGCGCUCGCGCGAGAGCUGAGCGAUCUGUACGCGCCGCCCGAUGGACCGUCGUCGCGCGCGCGCGUGCUCGGAUGCGGAAACUUUGGCACGGCGAAACUGAUGCGAAGCAAGCGGACGAACGAGCUGGUGGCGAUAAAGUACAUCGAGCGAGGGGCGAGGAUCGACGAGAACGUGAAGCGGGAGCUGGUGAACCACAGGCUGCUGACGCACGGGAACGUGGUGCGAUUCAUCGAGGUGGUGCUGACGAAGACGCAUCUGGCCAUCGCGAUGGAGUACGCGAGCGGGGGGGAGCUGUUCGAUAGGAUUUUGAAAAAGGGGAAAUUUUGCGAGGCGGAGGCGAGGUACUUCUUUCAGCAGUUGAUUUCGGGGGUGGCGCACUGUCACGCCAAGGGCGUGGCGCACAGGGACUUGAAAUUGGAGAACACGCUGCUGGACGGCGACGCGGUGCCGCGGUUGAAAAUUUGCGAUUUCGGAUACUCGAAGAACGCGUUCAUCGAUAGCGAUCCGAAGAGCACGGUGGGGACGCCGGCGUACAUCGCCCCGGAAGUGUUGGAACGGAAACCGUACGAUGGUAAGACUGCGGACGUUUGGUCGUGCGGGGUGACGCUGUUCGUGAUGCUGUGCGGUAAGUACCCGUUUGAGGAUCGACGCAAACCGCGAGAUUUCCGAAGCACGAUUUUAAAGAUUCGGAGCUGCGAUUACGCCAUUCCUCCCGGAGUCGAGCUCAGCGCGGGGUGUUUGGACUUGAUUCAGCGUAUUUUUGUCGUGGACGCCGCGAAGCGCAUCGACAUCGCUGGAAUCAAAGCCCAUCCUUGGUUUCUCAUCGAUUUGCCGAUCGAACUCGUCGACGACGCUAUCGCGGCGAAUCCCACGAACGCCAGCCCGACGAGCACGAUGUCCAUAGAAGAGAUCCUCGCCAUCGUGGAGGAGGCGAAAACGCCCUACGAGGGCGCCGAGCGCGAUCAUCACGACGCGCAAAUGGACGGCGACCACGACAUGGUGACGAGCGGCGAAUUCGACGACGACGACUUUUGA